GAUUGCAUGGUUUAUUGACAUUACUUACACAUAAGUCUGUCUGUCUGUCAGCCCCGACACACUAUACAGUGACAGACAGACAGGCACCAUUGACAGCGAAGAGGCAAUGGAUCAGGAACAACCACACAAACAAUAUGGCGCAUAUUGCGCUGAUUGUCCGCAAUAGCCUGCCGACAUGCACAUGUCGGCAGAUGGACCGGCCUACCUAGGCACCGCACCCUCCGCACACGCAUCACUUGAGCCCUUAGCUGUACACCAGGCCAUCACACACGCAGACGUACAGAGCGACAGAGAGAGAGUGAGAGAGAGUGCGUGAGAUCCUCAAGACAACACCACAGAGCCACCACUACGGCAGAGAAGUGAAGCUUUACACACCGCACCCCAAACCCUUUAUACUUUGACGCACGCACAUCAUCUGCACAUUCAUCCAAACAUUACACACAUUAGGCAGUGCCCCCUGGCAAGCCCGCUCGCUGGGUGUCGAGCACAGGCGGCUCGGGAUGACCUCCAGACGAGGAAGAUGCCGUCGUCUCCGAUCCGCCAUCAGUCGCCGCCUCUUGGUCGGUCGUCAUCGGCUGCACCUGCACCACGGUCGCUGCGGUGGGCGCUGCGCCCGGCGCGUUUGUCUUGGGGGCGAGGGAGGCUCGAGCCUCCAAGAAGCGGAUCGUCAUGGUGCUGCUCUCGCCGGUAGUGGCCGUAUAUGUGCCGCUAAUGACUGACUGCUGGCGGUUGAGGAAGCGGCCGGUGAAGUCCACAUCUCGUAGGCCCCAAGAGACUUGAUCGCUGUUCGCGUUGGAGAAGCCAUUGACCUCGACGGCUCCGGGGAAGCUGUGGCCCGUCACAGUGCCAUCGUACUCGAAUGUGAGAAGGUAGGCGCAUCCUGUGCCGGUCCCCUGGAAGGUGCCGAUCCACUUGCCAGACGGAGGGGGUGUCGAUGCCGGGAUCGGGUUGACGCGCCUCUCUCGCCUGGUGGCGGGGGACUGUGAAGCGAAGAUUGGAGUGGUCGCUGCGGUGGAUGCGGAGGGCAUCGAUGGUAUGGUGGAGGCAGAGCGGUCGGCCUCGUUGUCCGUGGCAUUGUCGCCACCUGGCGGAAGGCGUCGCGACAUGCACCACGAGGACGGGGUGCAGCACCACACACGCCACGAAAGGGGGACGUAAUGGGGGAUGAUUAGAAUAGCCAACACGAAUAGCAUGAGGAAGACGGAGAGGCCGAUAAUGCCGGCAACCAUGGCGAUAAUCACCCCGUCAACGUCGGUAGAGCCAUCACUGCCGCCAGAGCCGCCGAUGAGAGUGCCGCCACGGGGGAUCCCAGGGGAGUCAGUGUAGCCUCCGCCACGGGGUGGGCUGAAAUCGGGUACCCUGAUACGGAAUCCCAACCGGCGGCCCUCAGCAUCCACCAGAGUGGGGACGGCCGACAAGAGCACCACAGCGGCGAGACGCGCCGACAGCAGAGGACGGCGGCAGACAAUAACGGCCAUUUCUUGCAGCGUCAGAGAAGGUUCCUCUCAGAGAUAACGGACGCAGAUGAGCUCGUUGGAUGGGCAGCCGCCCAAGACAGAGAGGAGAAGCGAGACUGAGACCAGAGAGAGCACAGAGAGAAGCAGGCCGAGUGCGGUUCGAAUG